GUUGAACGUGCCGAACGAUAGGUCGCCCUCUCGUGCCUUCUUCUUCGCAUCCGCCUUUACGACCGCUGCGGUCUCGUGUCUCUCUCGGUUCACCUCGCGUUGCGGGUGUCCUUUCUUCCGUGUUUUCCGAGCGGCGAAUUUCCUCGCAUCAAUCCAUCUCUGCAGAGCUCGGUUCUUGCCUGUGGUGUUUUGACGAGGAGGGUGCAGCACUCCCUCCCCGCGGUGCCCGCGGUUGUCUCUUUUCUCCCGCGAGCGGUGCUUACUGACGUGGUGUUUACGAAUCUCUCUACUCCUCCAGCUUCGUGGGCCACGCUUUCCGCGACGGUGGUUGCCAGGUGCAGUUUGCCGCUUUGCAUUACUGCCGCGGGAACAGUGUCCAUACACACCUCUCGCCACUACCACCGUCUGUGCAUCCUCACCGCCACGCUGAGCCAGCGCGGCGGUGAGUUGCACCUUGGGACACCACCCGCCUAAUACCUGUUGUGGCCUGGUUCGCCCGCGAGGGACUCACUAGGUCGAUUUCGGCCCCGGCCGGGGAGCAGGCCGAGGGGAAUCGUGUAGACGUAUGUGUGGAUGCCUCGUCGAGGAGGUGGCAGGGCGAGGCAGAAGCGGACGCGGCGGCAGUGCCGCGGACGGCGAAGCGAGUCCUACUCGGGUGAGUGUGAGCGAGGUAGUGCUCGGCUCCACCCAGGAGCCACCCGAAUAUGGGAAGACGCUGUCCGCUGCUGCAUCUAGGCGGUUUCUGCUUCGGUACGCGGAGUAUGAGCGCGUGGUGACGCGCGGCAACGAAGGUCGGGUAGUGCAAAGGAAGCCUACGUCGAUUCCCGAGUUGCUGCUGGUGCACAUCCGCAAAUGCUUGUCUUCUCUACACUUUGAGGGCAAGAAAAUUCUGACGGAGGCAGAGCUGCGGGAAGGUCUGUCGCUCAACGCCGAAAUUUCGGGAGAGGCUUUGGUUGAGCCAGCCGAGGCGAAGGCGGGUGUGACCCGCGCGGCUACCGUGAAGCCGGGUGCCUCGGUGCUGGAACGAGUAUAUGCUGUUCAUAGCGCGUUGGAAUACUAUCUGGCAGAGAACCCGAAUGUGGCUCGGCUGUACUGCAACGCCGACGACGAAUGGCUCGAAGAGUCGGCGCACGUAGUCAGCAAGGCUCUGGUGAAAGAAAUUUCGCCUCCAGAAUUCAAGGCAAACGUGGAGAGCUCUCUGGAGCUCCAAGGAAAUUGGAAGACGGAGCCUGGGCGCGUAUUAGCUGUGAUGGUCAAGGAGGCCAUUGACUGGAAGAAAAUAGAGAAUGUAGAUGCGGAGCGUCAACCCCGUGACGCGGAGCGUAAAACCCGUGGCGGAGCUCGUGCUGCUGGCGAUAAGUCUGAAAGGCGGCUCGUGGUGGCGCGGCUGGCAAGGCGCGGGGCCAGCGUUCCGGCAGUGGGCGCGGUGGCCAGUCCGGCUCUUCUGGGAAUUGCUGGGUAUGCGACAAGCCAGGCCAUAUCGCUCGAGACUGCAAGCGGGCAUCGUCUGCGAAGUCUGGGGGCAAACCUGCGCCAGCGGCGGCAGGGUCUGAAAAAUCGCCGGCGCGACCUCGUCAGCAGCAGCAGGGGGGUCAGCAGCGAGCGGGUCAGCAGCCGGGUUCAAUCGUCCAGAGUAGGGCCACUUUUUCAGAGGAGCAGAAGCAAGGUGGGGGCGAUGGGAUGGCAGCAGCACUUCCCCCGCCCCCUGUUCCCGUUCAAGGGACUACGGCGUCACCUGACGCUACGACGGUUCCGGCGCGGCGGUCCCAGUCCAUGGAUGGCGUCGCGAGCUUGCACGCCGAAGGGGUCGAUGUGGAUCGCACUGUUUAGUGCCUGCAACGAAAAAGACAUGUCCGUUGCGGCUGGCGUUGCACACGGAGUGGGGUUCGGUGGUGUUGGAGCCAUUCCGUUUUCGGUCAUGCCCGGCGAGGACGACACGAUCCUGCUGGCAAGAGCAACCCUGAAGAAGUUGGGGAUAGACGUAUACGGCAGUCUUGCCGUCCAUGCGCGGCAGAAAGCUAUCGCUUCCGUAAAGGGGGUGGAGAACGCGGCGUUCCAUGAAUGCCGGCGUGUUGCUGUGGCGGUAGAGGCGCUGCAGCAUAACAACAAAGUAGAACCGGUGGAAUUGCAUGAUGAGUCUGUGACUCGGGCGUUGUCUCGAGGGCCCAACAUGUCCAUGGCCCCGGAGGAAGAGGAGGCCCAGCGCAAGGUGACUCUCAAGCCUGGCGCGCAACCCGUUAAGGCGAAGGCGCGUGUUUACUCCCCCGCAAAGGCUACGUGGUUGACUGGAUGCAUGGCGGCUCUGGUUGCCAUGGGUAUGGUCGUACGGACUAUUCAGGCGGUCUGGGCGAGCCCGGCUAUGGCGGUGCCCAAGCGAGGCCGUGCGGUGAUGACGGAAAUUCUGCAAGGAUUGAACUGCAUGGUCUGGGUCGAUGACGUUGUAUGGUGGGGUAUCGACGAGACUGAUCUGCCGAACGCUUUGGACGAAAUUCUUCGGCGUCUGGAGGACAAGGGUAUUUUCGCUGCUGCGCAUAUGUGUCUUUUCUUUGAUACGAAGAUCAAGUGGUGUGGCAAGGUGUACUCCGGUGGACAGGUGGCCCACGAUCCUGCGCGUCUACAAGGAUUGGCCGACAUGCGGAGGCCUGAGACGGCAGGAGAACUGAUGCAAGUUUUGCAGGCGGUUAACUGGUUGCGAACAUCGUUGCCGCGGCUGGCGGAGGUGGUGGAACCUCUCCGACGCUUGCUGGAGGAGCACAUGGCGUCGGCACCUCGUCGGACAAAGAGGAUUGCGUCUAAUCGUGCGAUAAAGAGCGAGGCGUGGACUGCCGGCAUGGCUAAGGCAUGGACAUCGGCACAGGAUUUGGUGCCGCAGGAAGAGCUGGAGCGUAANUUCUUUGAUACGAAGAUCAAGUGGUGUGGCAAGGUGUACUCCGGUGGACAGGUGGCCCACGAUCCUGCGCGUCUACAAGGAUUGGCCGACAUGCGGAGGCCUGAGACGGCAGGAGAACUGAUGCAAGUUUUGCAGGCGGUUAACUGGUUGCGAACAUCGUUGCCGCGGCUGGCGGAGGUGGUGGAACCUCUCCGACGCUUGCUGGAGGAGCACAUGGCGUCGGCACCUCGUCGGACAAAGAGGAUUGCGUCUAAUCGUGCGAUAAAGAGCGAGGCGUGGACUGCCGGCAUGGCUAAGGCAUGGACAUCGGCACAGGAUUUGGUGGCACAUGCGGUGGCGUUGUCACAUCCGAAGGAGGGUUUUGCUGUGCUGAUGUUUCCCGAUGCGUCUGUGAGCAUUGGGGUAGUUUCUUGA